AUGCAACUUGUGAGCGUUAACCGUCCGGUAACCGUCGCUAGAGGCUUGUGCAAAGCUGUCUGGGAUCCGGUCUUACUACUGCCCUGCACUCGUUCAGAACGACACCGCCUGAUCAAAUGGCGAAUUGCUUGGCUAUCGCCUACACCAUCAGUCGAGUGCCAAUGUGGCGCUAUCAAGGGUAACCGAAACCAUAUGCUUCUAUACCCCGCCACAAUCGCUCUCGUCCAAAAACUCUGGUCUUUGAUGGACCCUGCUCCUCCCCCAGAGGUUCAUCUCAUCGACUAUGCUCUCAACUGUCUCCCCAGGUCUUUCAAAUCGCCUGGUACGUGGUGCGAUUGCUGGCUGUGCUUGCUUUCCUUGCUACGUGUAGUUAAUCAAACCACCUCAUCCUACAAUCUGCCAGAAGAAAAAGUUCAUGGUCAAAUCCUCAUCGACCUUGCAGCAAAACUCCGUGCCACAAAACCAACCCGUCUCCACCGCAUCCUGCCGCCCACCCAAGAACCUGUUCCUGGUGAUCCGUUCCCCCAUCUUCUAUCCGAAAUUUCCACCGUUCCUCGUCAACCCCCUCCAUCUGUGCCCGCCCGAAAUUGUGCCUAG